UAUUAUACAUAAAAAAAAAAUUUCUAACAUUUGUACUAUAUUUAUAAUUCUUUCGUUUUUACCUAUAACUGAUUUUUCAUAAUCAGUUUCUUCUCUGUAACUAUUUUGUGUAGUUUUUAAUUACUAUGUAUAUUUUUUAUCAGUAAAUAGUUGCCAGUGUACUAAUUAAUUUUGAAUAUACCCAGUUCAAUAAUCAGUUCUCAUAAUAUUGACGUACAGCAAUAUUAUUUAUCCAAAAUAAUUUAUCUUCUAUUAAUCAAUUAUUAAACUUUGAGAUAUUUUAGUUUUAAAACAAUGUACUUACGUUCAAUCUUACGCUCCUUGGUUAAAGCCCAACGACUCCAUUAUUUGAACAAAUUUGUAGUCAUGUCUUCGCAAAAUGGUUUUUGUUCAAAAACUUCUGAUGUUACUUUGAGCUCUCCCUUGGAAACUGUUGAUCCAGAAUUAUAUUCUCUAGUUAACCAAGAAGCUCAACGUCAAAAGAAAGGACUUGAAUUGAUUGCAUCUGAAAAUUUUACGUCAGUCUCUGUAUUACAGUGCCUUGGAUCUUGCUUAACUAAUAAGUAUUCUGAAGGUUUACCUGGUGCAAGAUAUUAUGGUGGAAAUCAAAUUAUUGAUCAAAUUGAACUUUUAUGCCAAAAAAGAUGUCUUGAAGCAUUUUCUUUAGAUUCAAGUUUAUGGGGAGUUAAUGUACAACCUUAUUCAGGUUCUCCUGCUAAUGUUGAAGCCUAUACUGCUCUUGUUGGUCCAAGAGGACGAAUCAUGGGAUUGAAUCUACCUGAUGGUGGACAUAUAAGUCAUGGCUUAAUGACUCAAAAGAAAAGAUUAUCUGCUGCUUCCAUAUUUUUUGAAACAAUGCCAUAUCAUGUAGAUUUAGAGACAGGUUUGAUAGAUUAUAAAGAGUUGGAAAAAUCAGCUCAAAUGUUUAAGCCAGAUGUUAUUAUUGCUGGUGUAACAUCAUACCCUAGGACUUUAGACUAUAAACGUUUUAAAGAAAUAAGUAUUGCUAAUGAUUCGUAUCUUAUGGCUGACAUGUCUCAUAUAAGUGGAUUAGUUGCUGCUGGAGUCAUUCCAUCACCUUUUGAAUAUUGCGAUGUUGUUACUUCAACUACACAUAAAACAUUAAGAGGACCUCGUGGUGGAAUUAUAUUUUAUCGUAAAGGAAUUAGAUCUGUCACUAAAUCUGGAGAAAACAUAAUGUAUGAUUUAGAAGACCGUGUAAAUGCAGCAGUUUUUCCAGGAUUUCAAGGAGGACCACACAAUAAUGCUAUUGCUGGCAUUGCAGCUGCUAUGAAAUUAGCAACCACUCAAGAAUUUAAAGAUUAUCAGAAACAAGUUUUAAUUAAUUGCAAACAACUAGCUGAAUCGCUAAAACAAUUUGGGUAUAAAAUAACUACUGACGGCACUGAUGUUCAUAUGUUAUUGGUUGACCUAAGACCAAUAAAUUUAACUGGUUCUAAAGCAGAGUAUAUAUUGCAAUCAAUAGAGAUUGCUUGUAACAAAAAUACAGUUCCUGGUGACAAAAGUGCUAUGAAUCCAUAUGGAAUAAGAUUAGGAACACCAGCACUUACUACAAGAGGCAUGAAAGAAAAUGAUAUUAUGGUGGUAGCAGAAUUAAUUCAUAAAGGUCUGUGUAUAGCAUUAGAAGCUCAAAAAAUAUCAGGUCCAAAAUUGGCAAAUUUCAAGAAUAUUCUAAGUUCUGAUCCAAAAUUCAUUGAAUCUUUAAAGAUUCUAACUAAAGAAGUAGAAACUUUUGCAGAACAAUUUUACAUGCCUCAAUGAGUUAAUAUACAUAAUCCGAUAUUUAAUCUCAUUUUGAGAUUAAAUAAUCAUAAAACUGAUUUGUAUACACUACAACAUUAUUAUUAGGAUAACAAAUUAAAAUUGUUUUAUAUUUUGUUUGUUUUUAUUAAAAUAAAACAUAUUUUUC